AAUGAACAACUAAAUGAGUGGGUAUGGCACAUCCACAGACUUUGCACAUCAUAAACACAUUAUCAUUGCUUGAAGAAGUCUAAAAAAAAAAAAGAUAAUUAAAAAAUAAAAAGGUUUCCAUUAUCAUAUAUAAAAUCAUAAUAAACAAUGUGAGAAAAGAAAGAAAAAGGCUUUUGUGUUCUGUGAAGGAGAAGGGGAAAAAAGAGAGAGAAAAGCUAAAGACAAAUACAGAGUGUACAGAGAAGGAGAGAGAGAGAGAGAGAGAGAGAUUGUGUGUUGUGUGUGUUGAAAUAAAAAAGAAAAUAAUAAUAAUAAUAGAUUUCUGUUUUGUUGGGGUUGAAGAAACCUUUUACUCUCUUCUGGCUAUCACUAUCAUUGUCCCAUUUUAUAUUGUACAGCUUUUUCUUUUCUUUGUUUUUUUUUUUUCUUCCUCUGUUCUCUCUGUUUCUGCUUUUGAUCCACACCCAUUUGAAAAGUUUGAAUCUUUUUCUUUUUUGGUCAUUUGGGUUUUGUUGGAAAGCCUCAAAUAACACGAGUUUCAAUUUCAUAUUCAAGAAAAAUCUUUAAUUUUUUAAACAUUUUUUUUAACUCUGUGACCUCUGUUUUGAGUUCCCUGUUUCAUUUUCAUUUCUGGGUGUUUUGAGUUCUUUUGAUUCAAAAAUGACUGUGGAGGACAAAAGGAGUAGUAGUGAAGACAAGUUUCCAGUGGGUAUGCGUGUUCUAGCGGUUGACGAUGACCCAAUUUGCCUUAAAGUCUUGGAUACUUUGCUCAAGAAAUGCCAGUAUCAGGUUACAACAACCAAUCAAGCAAUCCAGGCUUUGAAAAUGCUUAGAGAAAACAGAAACAAGUAUGACCUGGUUAUCAGUGAUGUUAACAUGCCUGACAUGGAUGGCUUUAAGCUACUUGAGCUUGUAGGGCUUGAGAUGGACCUACCAGUCAUCAUGUUAUCAGCACAUAGUGAUAAGGAGCUUGUGUAUAAGGGGGUUACACAUGGUGCUGUUGAUUACUUGCUGAAGCCUGUGAGAAUUGAGGAACUCAAGAACAUAUGGCAACAUGUUAUUAGGAGAAAAAAGUUGCAACCCAAGGACCAAAGCAGGUCCCAAAAUCAAGACAAGCCUCUUGAUGGGGCCGGAGAAGGUGGACAAGGAAUGUCGUCAAGUGGCAGUGAGGAUCAGAAUGGAAAAGUGAAUCGGAAACGAAAGGACCAAGAUGAAGACGAGGAAGAAGAGGGUGAAGACAAUUUAAAUGAUACUGAUGAACCUGGGGCUCAGAAGAAGCCGCGGGUUGUUUGGUCUGUGGAGUUGCAUAGGAAAUUUGUUGCAGCUGUUAAUCAAUUGGGUCUUGACAAAGCUGUUCCAAAGAAAAUUCUUGACCUGAUGAAUGUUGAAGGGCUUACAAGGGAAAAUGUGGCAAGCCAUCUACAGAAAUACAGGCUUUACCUGAAAAGAAUCAGUACUACAGCUUCCCAGCAAGCCAAUAUGGUUGCUGCAUUUGGGAUAAAAGAUUCCUCUUACUUGCGAAUGGCGUCUUUGGAUGGAUUUGGAGAGUUUCGAACUUUGAGUGGACCAGGAAGGCUGUCCAGCACAUCUAUAUCAUCAUACCAUCCAAGCGGCAUGCUUGGUAGAUUAAACUCCCCUUCUGGUUUAACAUUGCGGGGUAUAGCUUCUUCAGGUCUUCUUCAGCCAGGUCAGUCACAAAGCUUGAGUAGUUCUGUUAACACUCUUGGAAAGCUUCAGCCAACUCUUUUGCAUUCAAGCCAAGGUGUGAAUCUGUUUCAAGGUAUUCCAUCGUCAUUGGAGCCCAACCAGCUGCAGAGCAAGUCCAGUGCCCACUUUGGAGAGUUUAACCGCAAUGAUGAUUCAUCAGGCUUUUCACUUACAAAUAGCUUCUCAGAUGCCAGAGUAACUAUAGGUAGUCUAAGCAAUACGGCGACUGGUCCCUCAAGCAACCCUAUGAUGCUACAAGCGCACCCCCAACAAAAUCAAAAUACUGGAGUAUUUGCAACUCAAUCUUCUCUUAGCGUGCCUUCGUUGAACCAGGAGUCUUUUGAUGUUGGUGUUCGUGGUUCUUCAAAUUUUCUGGAUCAUAGUAGAUGUAAUGAAAGCUGGCAGGGCGCAGUUCAGUUAUCUAAAUUUUCCACAACUUUGCCUUUGAGUGAACCCUUCAGUCAUGAUGCUUUAUCCACUAGUAACUUCAGAGACAAUAUGUCAUCCACAAACUCUCGGAUGGUUAACAGCCCAACUGAUUAUUCUUCUUCCGCUGUGCUUGCAUCACCUUUAGACACCAGAGUAGACAUGCAAGGGCAAACAGGCUUUGCUGGUAAUGUUGUUCAGAGUACAAGUUACAAUUCAAGGCAGAGGUGGGAAGAACAUGGCCAGGAUUAUAACCCCAACCUUAGUAACUCAUUUAGCACCAUUAAUCCUCUGGUUUCUGGCAAUGGUGUUUUGGGUUCAUUAAGCCAUUGUAUAGAUCGGAGUAAGAAGUUUGAUGCACCUUUGGUUGGCCAGUCUCCUUCAUCUUUUCAGCAAGCUGAGGUUGAAACGUCUCCAUUGGAACCAAAAAUGAGGUCCAAUGAGGACUACCUCUUGGAGCAAACAAAGUCUCAGAAUGGUUACGAGUCUUUAGACGACAUAAUGAAUGCAAUGAUCAAACGGCAGGAGCAAAAUGAAGCAAUGCUAAUGGACGGAGAGUUCAGUUUUGAUCCUUACUCCCUUGGAUCAUGCUUAUGAUAGAUUGCUGCAGCUGAUUUGUAGAGAAGCAGAACCACUUCAGCAAAUCCAAGUCUAUUCCUCUACUGGAGGAAUUUGUAUCUUCUCGUAAUUGAUUCUACAAUUUCUGUCUUGUUUUUCUUCCUCUCCACCACCCCUUCUAUUUCUUCGCCCAGAAUGUACUUUCUUAUUCUCCUUUCUUUUAUUAUUCUGUUACUAUAGUUAGUUGGUGCUUUACAUUGUUAGCAGAAAUCCUAGUUGCUCAAUUCUUUUUCAGCUCAUCAAUUCCCGCUGAUAAAUGGAGUCCUUUAUAACCUUUCUCAUAAUAGUAGUAGGUAUUCUAUUUUCUGUUCCAUUGUGUUUCCUCUUUGUAAAUUGUUUACCCCAUUGCUGUUUGUAUACCUUUUACCUGGAGUUACCUUCCAGUGUUGCUGCUGUUAGUUUUCCUUGUACAUGGAAGUUAGUGUUUAUACAGAAACCUAAAUAUUGCACAGGGAAUGUGAUGGGAAUUUGCUUUGGAGAGGUUGGAAUGCACAUAAUGCAUAUUCACUCCCUAUAAUAACUUUUUAGGGGUCCAAUCCAA